AUGGCAGAACCCAGCGCAGGGACAACACAGGGUGGAGGCGGAUUGUUCGGGAAGUGGAUGGAGGAAUUAUUGAAGAAGGGGGGUUCGCCUCCGACGAAUCCUCAGGAAAUUACGGAAGAAAUGCAGAAGAGUUUGAAAGAAACAUGGGAGAAUUUGAAGAAGUGGGUGACGAGGAAAAACGAGUCCAAGGAAAUCAAGAACUUCUGUGAGAACAUAACGGGACCCGGGGGAACAAGGAAGGGACUGGUGGUGGGGGCAAUGAAGGAGAUGUGCAAGGCAGUUGCUGAAAUAAGGUAUUUCAUGAGUGGUAUAGGAACGGAGGGUAGUGAGUUCGAGGGCGGGGAAGAUGUACCACCCACUUAUGAAGCAGUGGGAGGUCCUGAAGCCUAUAGACGUUGUCUCGUUGGAGCAGUUGCUUUAUCCGAAAUUUAUGGAGAUCAUUGUCAUUUGAAGGAUGUGAUUAAUCACAUAUCGCAGAGCGUGGAGGAUAAGUUAAAGGCACACGAUGGCGCUAUCGAUAACUUGGAUGCAUGUAAGGGGAUUACCGCGAACGACUUAAUAGUCGGGAAAGCAGUUCUUGGGGAUACAAUCAAAGAGUGGGAACAAAGAAUGAAAGAAUUAAUGCGCGCACCAGGGUGGGGGGGCAUAAGUUGGAGGCUCCUGAAGCCAUGGAUGAGUUGGUCGAGCGCAUGUGGGGGGGGAAAGCAGGGAAAGGGGAAGGAAACAGAGGAAAAGAAUAAAGGGAGUAUCGGAGAUUUCCUUAAUGUAGGCGACACCAAUAAUAGGGCACAGUUAAUGGACGAAUUAAUAAGUGAUAAGGAGUCGUUAACAAUCGGAGACUUGAAGACAGCAAUAAUGUCGUCUAUGCAGAAUGAUGGCACUGGCACUCCCCUUAACUUUGCUACCUUAAUGAGCAAAGUAGAGGAGAAAAUCCAAAAAAAUGAAGCUGAAGCAUGCAUGAAGCAAGACGGCAUGAGUUCAUGUGAGCGCCUAAAAUGUGCAAAAACACAUUGGGAAUUGACGAAACAGCAGAGCAGCAGCGGAGUUUCCUGGGACGAACACGUCCAGAACGAAUUGGGCAAUCUCUUUAAUCGGGGGACCACUAGUAGUAGCACCACUCCUAACCAAUGCGAAAACGAUGGCUUAGAUAAUGCAAAUAAAGAAGCAUGCAAACACAUUACUGCUAAAUUAGAACUUAUGUACAGAACGGCAAGUGGCAAACAUCAAUUAUCUGAUCAAAUUAUAAAUUGUCUUCUGUUAAAUGUCUAUGCUAAAAAAUUAAAAGAAGAAGCACAGAAAAAAGGGCUUUGUAACAUAGACGACGGUUUAAAGAAAGCUUUUGAACAAAGUAGUACCAUUAUGACUACUGCAGGUCAAUGCACGAAUGGCACUAAUGACUGCUUCGUAUGCACACAGAACGAAAAUUAUGAUAGUUGCUUGAAUGACAGCACGGGAAUAAAGCAGAAAGUUGAUGACACGAUCAAGGAGAAGAACGCCCAAAUACAGAGAACCCUGACUGAUAUAAAUAAGGUAAAUUCCUUAUGUGAACGUAUACAAUGUGCAGCGAAGUGGUAUGAGAACAACGGGGGACCAGGGAAGGGACAGAACCAAUUUUGGACGGACGAUGUAAAGAAAUUGUGGGAAGAAUUGGCACAGAAAAUGACUGCCAGUAAGGGAACAGGGAAUGGAGAUUGUAAUAUAGUGGAUAAGGGCACUAAUGAUGAAAGGGAUGCCACCGACCCUGAAAAGACAGCAUGCAAAUUUUUGCAUGCCGGAUUAACACAUCUGUAUACGACGACGGCGCCGGCAGCGACGGCGGCGCCGUCAGGAACUAGUAAUCCAAUUUUGGACAACCCAUCGUUGAGACAAGCGAUGGGUUGUUUCUUACUUCAUUUAUAUGCAAAACAUAUGAAAGAAAAGGCAAUUUGUAAUAUUGAAAAGGGGAUAAGCACAGCUUUCACUUUAUGGAAGGACCCUAAUUCUAAGGCAAACUCUUGCCAGAAUGGCAAGGGCAAGGGACAAUGUGUCCCUUGCCAAUGGAAUGAAAGCAAAUAUGACAAUUGCAAAAUUGAAAUGAAUGGCAAGACAGAUUCGAAGGUUGAGAAGAAAUUGGACGGCAUCGUCACGAAGGACGAUGCCGCUGUGACGGCAGCGGCGAAAGAAAUGAAUGAAGUGAAGGACUUAUGUAAACGCUUCCAAUGUGUAUCCGAAAGAUGGUUAAAACAGGAAAAAGCAAACAAGGGCGGAACUGUGGAACCCUCUGACUGGAAGAAAGUGUGGGACGCAGCAAAGAAUGAACUCACCACCCUUGGCAAAGACAUAAAUUCGAAGAAGAAGGAAGUUCAUGAAUACUGUAAGGACCUCGGGAGUCAUGGAGACGGAAGGCCGAGAGAUAAGGAGGCUUGCCUCCGUAUAGCAGCAGGAUUAAAAAACCUCUACGACAUCAAGGACGGAAACGAGGUUGAAAAAUCAUUCAAAAGAACGAUGCAAUGUGUUUUAUUAAAUGCCGUUGCAGAUAGACUGAUGGGCCUUCGAUGUAAAGGGGAAAGGAGUGUAGUGGAAGGGAUAACUAAGGCAUUUGACAAUAGUGAGUCCAUUAAGGAUAAAAGUGUCAACUGCAAGGGUGAUAAAUGUUUUAAGUGUGAGAGGUUCAAAGAAUACAGCAGAUGCUACAUUAAAGAAAAUAGCAACACAUCGGAAGUAACGAAGUUACAUGAUAAAAUUGAUCCAAUGUUGGAAGAUAGCAAUAUUAGUAGUUCCUUAUCGAAGUCUUCUCUAACGAGGACCAUAUGUGGUGGUCAAUGUAAGGACACAAAGGGUUUGUGUGGUCGUGUAGAAUGUGUAAAGAAGCAGUGGCUUGAAGACAGGGGGCACGAUAAAUCCAAUAAAACGAAGGAGAAUGAAAUGUGGACCGAAGUCCAAAAGGAAGUCACCAAGCUUGACAGCGCCCUUUCUGACAAUGGGGGAAGCGACGGCGACGUAGACAGUCUGUGUUCUGCCGUUACAUGUACCAAUGGUGCAAAGGACUGUGUGAGCAAAACAACAUGCAAACUUAUUGUUAGAGCACUAAAGGACAUACAUCAAAUCAAGAAAGAAGACGGAUCCGGUUCUGAGGGGGCCAAAUUGAAUGACCGAAUAUUUAAAUCUACCAUGCGUUGUGUAAUAUUGAAUGCAUUAGCAGAAAAAUUAAAACAACAUGCAAAACAGGGUGGUUAUGCUUGCGCUGUGGAGGAAGGUAUAAAGGGGGCCUUUGUUGCAGCCGGGAAGGAAGAAAAUCGCAAGAAGUGGUGUAAGGAGAAUGGUAAAAAGGAUGAUGGUUCCUGUGAGGAAUGUAAGGAACAGAAGUGUAUCAGUUCCACAAUUGAGAACAAGAACUUGUUGGAUGAAGUAAUGAAAAAGUUAAACGAUGGCACCACCAACACCAACAUACAAUUCACAUUGUCCGAAAUAAAAAGGAAGGUCACUUUAUGUGAUCGUCUCCAAUGUUUAGCAUCUCGAGUUCAGCUGACCAUGGGAAACAACCGUGCGGACGACUUCUGGGGGAAGGAAGGCGGCGAAGUCGCCAAACUAUGGAAAGAAUUGUCACAAGCAAUGACAGAUAAUGGGGGUCAAGACAAAGGAGGUCAAUGUGGGACAAUGGAUGAUGGCAGUGGCGCUGCCAAUGGCAGACCUGCUACUGACCCUGAAAAGAAGGCAUGCAAUUAUUUGCAUGCCGGUUUUGAACAACUCAAGACAACUCCAACGAAUGGAACUUCAACUUACCCCAUCCUGAGUAAGGACCCACUGUUGAGGCAAACAGUGGGUUGUUUACUCCUGAAGGAAUAUGCAAAAAAAAUGCAAGAUCAAUCAAAAUGUGUUAUCGAUUCCGGUUUAAAGAAAGCUUUCAAGACAUGGAAUACAGGUAUUACUACUGGUGAAUGUAAGAACGGCAGUUCGUGCAUUGAAUGUGAAUGGGAAGAAAAUUUGGAGACUUGCGAAAUUAGCACUAAUGGCAAAACAGGGAAGACGAAAGUGACGCAAAAUUUAAAAACAGUACUUCCAGACAAUGACACAACUGUAACUGCCGCCCUAACAAAAAUAAAUCACAUGGAUAAGUUAUGCGAUUACAUUAAAUGUGCCGCACCAAAAUGGUUCCAGAACAACGCAACGACGUCGAACGGAAAAACUACUCCAAAGAAGACUUGGUGUGACUUUUGGGAUACGACUGUUAAAGGCGAACUUCUGAAUAUGUUCACAAUAAUUCAGACGAAUGGAAAUAACACUGCAAAGAACAAUAAUGUUGUAUGCAAAGCAUUUGGUGAUGGUAAUGCUGAUAGUGUCGAAAGAAAAGCAUGUAAUCAUAUCACAGCAGGUUUACAACACAUUAACACAAUUACAGGUGAUACCACCACUCAGAACGGUAAUAAGGAUGAUGAUAAGUUUUUUAAACAAUCUAUGAUGUGCGCAGCACUUAACCUAUACGCAACUAAAAUAAGAAAAGAAAUGGAGAAUAUUUGUCCAAUUGAUGAGGAAAGAAUAAAGGCAAUGUUUGAUGAUUGGAAUAAUGAAAAUAAUAAAAAUUCUUCGUCUUCGUCUUCGCCUUCGUGUUCGAGUGGAGUUUACGGUUGUUUUAAAUGUGAGAGGGUGCCAAAAUCAGAAUUUAGUAGUUGCCAACUAAGUGUUGACAGCUCUUUGGUUAAGACAAAACAAAAUGGACAAAAUUGCGAGGAGAACAAAGAAAAGGUCCCCCAAAAAAUGGACGAAUUACUCAAAAAAGAAUCCCAAAUGAAACAAACACUAGAUAAAAUAAAUGAAAUGGACAAGAAUUUCUGUACUCAACUCCAAUGCGCAGCAAAAUUAUACUACGUAGAAGUCAAAAACAAAAAAGGACAAAGCAGCGGAGUGAACUGGGAUGCCUUGAGCGGUGAGAUCGGAAGGGAAUUAAAAGAACUUUUAGAAUAUAUGACGAAGUCUGAAAAUCAGAAUGCAGUUACCCAAUACUGCCAAGACUACGAUUGGUAUACUUUAGGCCAUAAACAAAGCAAAACAAAUAAAGCAGCUUGUCUGCUUUUUGCUGCAGGGUUGCAGCACAUUUAUACCCAUGGUAAUGACCAAAAGAAGGGCCCAUCGUUCAGACAAACGAUGGGUUGUUUAUUUCUUAAAGAAUAUGCAAAACAAUUAAAAGUAAUGGCAGAUAAAGAAAAAAAGUAUAAGGUACAUCCUGAUUGUAGUGUAAAAGAGGGCAUAGAAUAUGCUUUUAAGAAAAGUGGUGACAUUAUGAAAGGAACACCUCCAUGCAACAAGAAUGGUAGUAAUACUUCUUGUUUUGAAUGCAAACUGAACGACUAUAAUGAUUGCUUGAUUGGCACUGACAAUGUAAAGUCUGAAGUGGAAUCAAUCUUCCAAGACCAACCGAACAAAAACCAUAUGCAACAAACAUUAGAGAAUACAGUCUGUCCCAUCCUUCUUACGGAUAUCCUUACCCCUUUUCUUCCUUUGGCUCCUGUCUCCAUUGGCCUUUCUGCUAUGGCUUAUUACCUUUGGAAGUAUUUUGGUCCUCUUGGUAAAGGAGGACCACGUUUCAGAAGAUCUCCUGCUCAAGCAUCUCGUCCAUCUGUACAGGAACAACUCCUCGAUCAUGUGCAGCCAGAUAGUUCACAUGAAUAUCAAUUGGUGAAGGAACGAAAACCUCGUUCUGCUCCAACCAGAACGAAGCGUUCUGGUCGCGUGAAUCGUCGAACGAUUAUUGAAAUUCAUUUUGAAGUGUUGGAUGAAUGUCAAAAAGGGGACACACAAUUGAAUCAGAAGGAUUUUCUGGAACUUUUGGUUCGAGAGUUCAUGGGAUCCGAAUUAAUGGAAGAGGAACAGGUUCCUAAGGAAGAAGUUCUUAUGGAAGGGGUUCCUAUGGAAAGUGUUCCAAUGGAACGUGUUCCAAGUUUAGGUUCCGUGUUUAUGGUUUAG